GACCGAGUAGAUGGGACAUAUGACGAUGCAGACUACUCGACGACUUCUCUCGGCUCCCAAAUAACCUCAAAUAACCUCAAACACCAUGUCGAGUACCAAUACUACAGGCUCUGGUACUUCCUUUGCCAGGAAGUACAAUUCUCUUUCAAUCCUGGAUGAAGUUGAGGACGUCGAGUGGUACCAGCCGGGCGGAUUUUACCCAUUGGAUGUAGGCGAGACGAUAAUCGACAGGUUCAAGGUUAUUCACAAACUUGGGCACGGUGGCAUUGCUACAGUUUGGUUUUGCUGGGACCUACAAGAAGAGAAAUGGAUAGCGCUUAAAAUUAAUUCGGCAAGCCAUUCAUCAGACGACUGCUCGGAUUUAAAGGCGAUUCGCAUGAUUGAAGCUCAGUCCCAAGGAAUUGACGAGCUCAACGAUAAUAACAUCAUGAUAGCCAUGCAGACCUUCUUUAUAGAGUCUCCUAAUGGGCGGCACCUAUGCUCCGUAUUACCUGUUGCUGGGCCAAGGUUCACGGACUGGGAGGAUAAAAUAGGAGAAGACUUUGACCGACGGAAGAAAAUCAGCUACCAACUUACCAAGGCGCUUGCUUUCUUGCACGGCAAAAGAAUUUGCCAUGGCGACUUUAGGCCUGAUAACAUAUUAAUGAGGUUGCAACCUUGUUACCUUGACCAGAUCGGGUAUGAUGAGAUGCAAGCUCUGAUAGGGGAAGCAAUUGGGGAACAACUCCUGGAUGGCGACGAGCGAAGCCCCCACGCUCCCAAGUAUGCAUAUCUACCAUUUAGUUUCAGAAACGGAAAUCUUUCGCACAUGAUAUCGGAUGACAUCGCCAUCGUCGACUUCGGCGAAUCUUACGAAACCCAUAGCCCUCCUGAGAGAUUAAACAUUCCACCUAAGUAUGCAGGUCCUGAAUGGCUCUUCGGUCGUCAGACAGGCAUAGGAAAUGACAUUUGGUCUCUGGCCUAUACACUACUAGAAGUUCAAAUUGGUCCCCUCCCUGGCGACCUGUGGAAUAUCAUUAGGCGCAUGGAGCGGUACAUAGGGCCCGUCCCAUCUGUCUACGGCCCGACUGCUGUAAAGAUGCUACACGACGAAACAAGUGAUCCGGAUGAACCACCACCAGAUUAUGAAAAGGAUGAAGCAGUUACUGGAUCAUUAACUGAGCCGCUCAACUUACAAGAGAAGUUUGAAGCAACUCACACCGAAUUCAGUAACCCUAUACAUAUUGCGCUAGGAUUAGCAUAUAUGCCAAGGGAUGAGAUCCCUAUUUUUAGCGAUCUUCUCGAGAAACUCUUCAUAUACGACCCAGAGGAGAGGCCGGAGGCAUCUCAAGUACUAGAACACGAAUGGUUUAAAGCUCAUCAAUCCGAAGACGAUGCGGCCACCGAUGAAACGCUACCGAUUAUGAGUCUCUUCGACGAGUCGGAAGAGAAUAAAAUGGUCCCAGAAAAGGUCUCGGAAUCGUUAAACGCAGAGAUUACUGCGCCGCCCAUGAUGGUGACAGAAGUACGAACCAUUCAAAUCACGGAAAAGUGUCCUUGGUAUCACUUUGUAGCUACUUGGGUGGUUCCAGUAUUGGGGCUGUUAUGCGUGUAUUUAUUCUACAUUUGCAUGUGCUUACGGGUCGAUGUGAGAAUACUUAAGGCGGCCCAGCUGAAAAUAUGAAUGUAGUAUACCUAAU